AUGCGCCCUCGUUCCGAGCUACUCGUCAUCCCGCGGUCCGCGGAGCUCAACGCGGUGGAGUCCGCCCUCUCGUCGCUUGCCCUGGUGGCCAUGGUGGGCGGCAACCGUCCCCCAGUCUCUCCGGCUGAUGUUCGUGGACAGCUCGUGUCCUUCUACAACCUGCCGGCAGACGCGUUCUCGGUAUGUCGCUAUGCCCCUGAGGAUUUCCUCGUGAGGUUCAACAACGCCGACGACCUCGAGGACGUACUCCAGGGGCCGGUUCCGAUGGAGACCCCGUUCUACCUGCGCUGGUGUCGUUGGCGCCGCCAAUCCAUGGCCACCUCUGGCUCGCUCAAAUACAAGGUGCUGAUUGGCCUCAAGGGGAUGCCGGCGCAUAUCCGGGGGUAUCCAUUCCACCCAGCGGAUCCUCGGGACCUCUUGCGCCAACCUGGUGCCUGCCCCGGCGUCCGCCGCCGGCGAGGACCUGCUGUUGCUGCGGCCGCGGCCUUGGGCCACGUCGUUUGUCAGGGCGCGUCCGUGACCGUGGGCAACGUCGUUUGUCCUAUCCUCCAUGGUCAUCCGAAGCCGCGCUCGACGGGUGGCAUGGGUUGGGCGGCCAUGCCAGAGCCUGCUUUACCUCUGCCGCAAGAAGCCAAAGCCGGUUUCGAAUUUGAACUGUGCUUGCAACAAUUCGAACAACCCGAUCGUUUUGAUCCGUUGCUGCUGGUGGCGGAGGACGAGAGGCACUUUGUCGACUGCAAAGUAGUACUAGUGCCUCCCGCUCCAGAGAAUGAGCUGCUCCUUCCUGCUUCCCUACAGCUGUCCCCCAUCCAGAGUUCAGCAUCUGACCAUGCCUCGCAACUUUGGACACCUGCCCCCUGCGCACGCAUAUGCGCGCCAGGUGACAACGUCGGGAUGGACCAUCUCUUGACACCGCGCGCUCGUGCCUCCUCUCCAGGCGCGCGCGUCCCACCAAACGACUGUGCGCGGGGAUUCGAUGCCCGUUCCGCGCCAGUUCUGUCGCCCUCGUGGGACUCUACUCCACAACCUCCUUCUGGCCCAGAAGUGGCCCUGCCCCCAUCCCCGGACCUCCUGGGCGUGUCCGCUGGGCCAAGCAUUGUGGCCGACUCGGCCCAUCCUGUGGCGCCUCACGUCGCACCGUCCACGCCGACUGCACCGGCUGCGCCUACCGCUACUCAGGCGACUGGGGUACAGGCGACUGCGGGCAAUGGGUCUCCGCCGCCCGCACAACAGCUGGACGUCGCAUCCUUCAUCGCCUGCCUCAAGAAGCCCCUUGUCGAGCCGAUUCUCGCCUCGGCACCUCGUCCGCCACCGACGAGGCGAGUCGAUCAUGAUCUGUUGUUACCGUUAGAAAUUAGCCCCCACAGCGACAAGCUGUCUGCCAAUCUCCACGUGCGGAAGCGUCGAUUAAAUCUAUUGAGACGAACAUGCAAGAUCAUAGACGACACCAGAGGCACGAUGUUUUUUAACGAGGUUCAACGAUGUGCCUAA